UGUUGUGCAGGGAACGCGCACGACAUAGCUGAAAACCGCCAGCGGAACAAAUGAAAGCGAACACUGCUCUUUCGUGUGGAUUAAUUCAGCAGUGAGACACUCGAUCGAGGCGAGCGGCUCUGUGAGCGAUUCCGGAGCGACUGACGAGGAGCGGGGACAUUAGCUACUGUAGGAUAACACCGCCGAAUGGUUUCUCUGGCCCCACCGCUAAGGUUUUAGGCUGAAAGAAGCAGCCGAUAAUGCACGACAUUUGCUCACUAGCCACACCCACUUCCUGCUUGUAGAGGAAGCGGUUGUGCCAAGAUGUCCUCUCAUUCCCAGUCUGUGCCGCCAGGCCGGAGGGCUGGACUGGACACACGGCACCUCCCCAACCCUGCCUCUCUACCACUGCAGCUGCAACGGGCACACACGGAAGUGGGAAUGGUCGACUACCACUCUCAUGCCAGGGACUACGGUUCCCACCUGUCCCAGCCCCAUCGCCGUCGGCCAUCCUUGCUUUCAGAAUUUCAACCUGGGAAUGAGAGAGGACAAGAGCAGCAUAUCCGCUAUGAACACAUAUACCUGCAAGAUCCCGGCACCCACUCAGAGUUGGAGUAUGUGGAAGUCAAAAGGCCUCGUCUAGAGAUGGGACCCGAGUCUAUGAUGAGAAGCUCGUCCCACCGGCAACCAAUGCCUAUGGGAGGGGCAGAGGACAUGGCAAAGGAGCGUGGAAGUGCCAUGGGAAAGCUAGAACCCAUCUCCCCCGUGAGCCCAGUCCACAUGGACCCUGACUUGGAUCUUCUGCCGGCUCGCUUCUCUAAGGAGGAGCUCAUCCAGAACAUGGAUCGAGUGGACAGGGAGAUUACGAUGGUGGAGCAGCAGAUCUGCAAACUGCGCAAGAAACAGCAACAGCUGGAGGAAGAGGCUGCAAAGCCUCUUGAGCCAGAGCGGCCCAUUUCACCGCCACCCAGUGAGGCCAAGCACCGCAGCCUGGUGCAGAUCAUCUACGAUGAGAACAGGAAAAAGGCAGAAGAAGCUCACAGGAUACUGGAGGGAUUGGGACCCAGGGUAGAACUGCCUCUGUACAAUCAGCCUUCUGACACCAAGCAGUACCAUGAGAACAUCAAAAUAAACCAGGCAAUGAGAAAGAAGCUCAUCUUAUACUUCAAGAGGAGAAAUCAUGCUCGUAAGCAGUGGGAACAGAAAUUUUGCCAGAGAUAUGAUCAGCUGAUGGAAGCCUGGGAGAAAAAGGUAGAGCGCAUCGAAAGCAAUCCGCGGCGCAGAGCCAAGGAAAGCAAGGUGCGGGAGUAUUACGAGAAACAGUUCCCAGAGAUCCGCAAGCAAAGAGAGAUGCAGGAGCGCAUGCAGAGUCUCUAUUUUCCCACUUGUAGCCGCGUUGGGCAGCGAGGAGGUGGGCUGAGCUCGUCUGCAGCUCGCAGUGAACACGAGGUCUCCGAAAUCAUUGAUGGAAUAUCAGAGCAUGAGAACACAGAGAAGCAAAUGCGACAGCUGGCAGUCAUCCCUCCUAUGCUGUUUGAUGCGGAGCAGCAACGCAUCAAGUUCAUCAACAUGAAUGGACUGAUGGAUGACCCAAUGAAGGUGUACAAGGACCGACAGGUUAUGAACAUGUGGGGCGAGCAGGAGAAGGACACUUUCAGAGAGAAGUUCAUCCAGCACCCAAAAAACUUUGUGCUGAUUGCAUCUUUUCUGGAAAGGAAGACGGUGGCUGAGUGUGUGCUGUUUUACUACCUGACCAAGAAGAAUGAAAACUACAAGAACAUAGUGCGGCGGAACUACCGACGCCGUGGAAGAAGCCAGCAUGGCCAGCAGCAGCAACAGCAGCAACAGGUGAACCGCAGCAGUCAGGAGGAAAAGGAGAAGGAGGAGAAAGAGAAGGAGGGAGAGAGGGAGGAAGACAAAAAUGAAGCUGAAGACAAAGAGGAUGGAAUGAAGGACGACACCUCUGGAGAGGAUGCAGAGGACAAAGAGCCGACUGUGGCUUUCAAGGGUCGACGCACAGCCAACAGUCAGGGGCGUCGCAAGGGCCGCAUCACCCGCUCUAUGACCAGUGAAGUAGAGGAGACCACUACACCCCCACUCAACAAUGAGCUUGCCAAUCUGGAGAUGAAUGAGAGCUCUCGCUGGACUGAAGAAGAGAUGGAAACUGCCAAAAAAGGCCUUCUCCAGUAUGGUAGGAAUUGGUCCGCCAUCGCCAAGAUGGUGGGAUCUAAAACCGUGUCACAGUGCAAGAACUUCUAUUUCAAUUACAAGAAGAGGCAGAAACUGGAUGAGAUUCUGCAGCAGCAUAAAAUGAAAUCGGAGAAGGAGCGAAAGGCCAGACGAAGGGGCAAAGCCCUGCAGAAUGAGGAGGCUAGUGCCCCGUACACUGCAGAGGAGGAGGAGAUGGAGGGUUCAGGAGCCAGUGGCAAUGAAGACGAGGCCCAUGAAGAUGGAGAGGGUGGAGCCAAUAACAGCUCUGACACCGAGAGCUUGCCCUCGCCACACUCGUCAGACGACAGCAAGGUCAAAGAGGAGGGCUCAAGCAGGUCGAAGGCCAGCUCCAACUCCGGAGAUAAGGAGGCCUCCGGAUCAGACAUGGGCCAGGCAGGGGACGACAAAAAUCCAGUCAGAGAAGAUUCAGACUCGGCCAUAAAGCAGGAGAUAAAGACUGAGACAGGGGAGUCCAACAAGGAACAGCUGCAGCCUGCAGCACCCAGUGAUGCUACAGAUAAAAAACCUCCUGCUGCAGAGACAGAGGAAGUAAAAAGCUCCACCAGGAGCUCCAAGAAGGAUCAUGGGACCAAAACUGGCUCCCAUGGCGACAGUGACUCUAGUGCUACUUGCAGCGCUGAUGAAAUGGAGGAGACAGACAACACAGAAAAGAACAGAAUGACUUCUCCACGGCCGAGCCUACUGAACUAUACUCACGAUGGGGUCAUAUCCUCCCCGCUACAGAAGCCCAUGGACCUGAAACAGCUCAAACAGAGGGCUGCUGCUAUACCACCUAUUAUGCCAGAAGCCUCCAUGCAGGGCAUUCAGCGGAGUGGGAGUGGCAAGACAUUGCUUCCCCCCCACGCCCUGGCACUAUACCAACAGCAGAUCACCAUGGCUCAUGGGGAGUCCUCCCAGGAGGUCAAACAGCAACAACAACAGCAGCAGCAGCAGCAGCAGCAGCUUUUAGGCCAGCCAUGCAAACCGCAACUGUACAGCUCGCAGGCAGAGAGAGACAGGGAGGCUCUUCACAGCAGCAGCCCUCGUGUUCGUCCACGCAGCCCCUCCAGCGACAAGGAUGACCUGGAAGGCAACGAGAGGUGGUUACUGACCCUCCUGCAGGGAUUAAAAAAGUCCCGGGCCUUGUCUCCACACAGCGAAGCCAAGAAGCAGGCACUGGGCCCAGAUGAUCUAAGAACCUCUAGCUUGGGUCGCCCAGUUCUCUCCCCCUACCCCAUGUCCCCACGAGACAUGGCCAAGAUCAGCCAUGACCAGCAUUUGCUCCACUUCAACUCGUUACAGCAAGCGGGCCACAGUUCCCUCCCUGGUCUGCCACAGGAUGGUGGAAGGCUGGCAGCAGUGAGACCCCUCACUAUGCCAGAACCACCACCUCUCAUUUCCUCCACCAAGCCCGGAGGCUCCAUCACACAGGGCACCCCAGUGCAGUUGCACAGCCCAGCUCAUGGGUUGGACCACGGAAAGAUGCCCCCCACACAGAUGGGGUUGUCUUGGAUGGAUCAAAGGAAAGUGGCAGGUUCUUACCCCAUGGUAAAGCAGGAACAGUUGUCCCCUCGCAGCUCAUCCUCCCAAGCUGACAACAUGUCGACCCAGGGUACACCUCACGAUAGUGCUUCAGGAAGAGGCUCUAUUCAAGCUGUUCAGGGGGGCAGUAUCACAAAGGGCAUCCCAGGGACCAGAAUGCAUCCAGAUUCCGCGAUCUCCUGCCGAGGGGGCUCCAUUACUCAGGGGACACCGGCUGACGUGCUGUAUAAGGGAACCAUUAACCGUCUGAUCACUGAGGACAGUGCCAGUCGAGCUGAGCGGGAGCAGGAUGAGGCGCUGUCUAAAGGACAUGUGGUGUAUGAGGGCAUCAGCGGGCACAUCCUCACUUAUGACCGUUCCGCCUCUCAAACUCCUAAAGAUGAUGGCAGAGGUCCUGGCCAGCCUGGGGAUAUUCUAGGCCUGAAGCGUCCUUAUGACGCUAUGGAGGGUGGAAUCUCCAGAGGACUGCCUAUGAGGGAUUCUCUGUCUGCCGCCAACUGUGAAGGUCUGAUUGGUCGAGCCAUGCCUCAUGAUAGGGACAGUCCGCACCACACACCUUACAAGGAUGCUCAUCACAUCCGUGGUUCCAUCUCCCAAGGUAUUCCUCGUCAUCUGGACCCACAGGAUGGGUACCUCAGGAGGGAGCCAAAGCAGAUGAAGAGAGAAGGCUCCCCACCCCGUGGACCUGGUUCUCUUUCUGACCCAAUGAAGGGAAGAGAAGCAAUGGUGCCCACUGUGAAGGAGGCUGGGCGCUCCAUCCACCUCAUUCCCAGGGACCCUUCCAAAGAAGGCAUGAUAGUACAGGGAACACCCAUGAAACAGGAAUCUGGUGGUUCAGGGAAACGUCAUGAUGUCCGCUCAAUCAUAGCCAGUUCACCACGUUCCUACCACAACACACCCUCCCACAUGGAUAUGCGUGCUGAGAGGGGCCGCUAUGAAGAGGCACCGAAAGGACGCCCCAGCGCGGUGGUCAGUACGGCUAGUCCUAUAGCCCGUUCUUCUCCUCUUACACUGGGGCCAGAGCAGGGAGGCAAGGCUCAUCAUAGCCCAGUAGGCUACGACGACAAAGGCAACUUAAGGGCAGCGUACCCUGGACCCUCCCAUCGUGGCUCCCCUCUCUCCAGGGAGGCAAGCCAAAGGCAGCAUGAUGCCUCCAGUAAGAAUCCAUCUCAGGAGCGUAAAUCCACACCAACUCCCAGAGAGAUGAGUGCCACUAAAUCACCGCUCCCUGGUGUUCCUGAUCAGCAGGCUUAUGAGCGUCUGCUGCAGGGUCUCGGAGCAGAUAUGUACCGCCAAAUUCCCAUAGCCUUUGAUCCUGCACAGCUGCCUAGAGGCAUCCCAAUUGACCCAGGGGCCUAUUACUUGCCUCGCCACCUCACCCCCAACCCAGCGUACCCUCAUCCUUACCCCUACCUCAUCCGGGGCUUUCCUGACACAGCUGCUCUGGAGAACCGCCAGACGCUGCUCAACGACUACAUCACCUCGCAGCAGAUGCACCAGUGGCCACCAGCCGCCGCCAUGGCCGCCCAGCGCUCAGACCUGCUGAGGGGCCUGAAUCCACGAGAACAGGCCCUUUCUAUGACCUACUCUGCCCCUCGUGGAAUCAUCGAUCUUUCUCAGGUGCCACACUUACCUGUCCUGGUCCCUCCCUCUGCAGGGACAGCAGGCUCUCCGAUGGAUCGCAUCACCUACAUCCCUGGAGGAAGCACUACCUACCCUGGCAGGCCUUACGCCACAUCCCCCAUCUCUCCAGUUGGCUCCUCACAUGCAAACAAGAUGCAGGGCCCAUCCUCAUCUUCAGAGCGUGAAAGAGACCGUGAACGUGACAGAGAAAGGGACCGGGAGAGAGACCGAGAGCGGGAAAGAGAGAGGGAGCGUGAACGGGACCGGGAGAGAGAUCGGGAGAGAGAUCGUGAGAGAGACCGGGAAAGGGAACGAGACCGGGAAAGGGAACGAGACCGGGACAGAGAGCGUGACAGAGACAAGGGCGGGUCUCUUGGAAAUGUAGAGCACGCCCCCAUCUGGCGACCAGGUACAGAGCACAGCUUGGCGAGCAGUAGCAGCAGUGUGAGACCUGCUUCUCAGCCAUACAGCCACCAGCACUCCCCAGUGUCACCUCGUACCCAGGAGAAUGUGCAGCAGAGGCCAAGUGUCCUGCACAACACUGGAGGCAAAAGUCUGUCUGUCAGCGAACACUCAUCUGUGUUACGGUCCAUGUCCUCGGGACCAGCACGCUACCAAGGUUAUCCUGGCCACCUCCAAAGGACAGGUAUGCCCCCAGAGACCUACCCAGCUGUCAUGGACUCAAGUGUAGCCAAAGAGCAGAGCCGUGAUGGAAGCAAAAUCAGGGGAGGUCUACCCAAGCACAUGCAGGACCAGCACGGACCCUCCAUCAAAUCGGACCCCAAGCUGUCCAGCCUCAGCCCAGGGGGAAUAUACCCAGGUUCCUAUUCUUCGGCUUCAAGCCGGCCCCAGCACCUGCUGCCCCCCCAGUCGGAUAACCCUCCUGGCCGUGGAGAAAGCGGUACACCUAGUAGGGAAAAGACUCAAAACAAACCGAUGUCCAUUCAGGAACAAGAGCUCCGAGCACUCGGUAAGACCACCAUGACUGCGGCCAACUUCAUAAACGCGGUUAUAAUGCGUCAAAUUUCUUGUGAAACGGGGAUGCCAGAGACGGGCUCGCCUGUUGCCAGCAGCGCCACUGAUGCUCAACAAAAGAUGGAGCCACACAGUCUGUACCGUCCUCCGUCUGAGGAGAGACUGUCUCCAGGCCAGCAGCCCCAGUCCCCCUGUGUUAAAGGCAGCCAGAGGGUGGUCACCCUGGCACAGCACAUAAGUGAGGUGAUAACUAAAGACUACACCAGGCAGAGCCAGCAACAUCAAAGCUACCAUGGCUCUCCUGUCCUGGACUUGACCCGUCCACCCAGUGCCUCCCAGCUCCCACCCACCUCUCAGGAGUCAGUCCAAGGUCAACGCUACUCAGAAGGCCUUGGUGGCGAACGCAACAGAGACCGGUCUCCUCCUCAACCCAAGACGUCACCCAUCAGUGUUUCCAAUGAUGGCAUUGAACCAGUGUCUCCUGCUGGAGCCAGCUCCGAGCCUGACAUCCAGGGGGGGGCCUCCUACCCAAAUGAGCAGGGAGAGCAAGGAAUGGGCUCCCGUUCACCUCCCAAUACGUCCCAGCCUCCAGCCUUCUUCAGCAAGCUGACGGAGAGCACCUCCGCCAUCGUCAAUGCAAAGAAACAGGAGAUGAUCAAGAAGAUGAACGUGGUGGGAAACGAUGAUUUCAAUGCUGGUCAGCCUGGAACAGAGAUCUUCAAUAUGCCGGCGUCUACGACUGCAGGUACUGUGAGUGUUCGCAGCCACUCAACUCCAGAGGCCCCUGGUAACUCGAUAGGCCUGGAGGCUAUAAUCAGAAAGGCCUUGAUGGGCAAUUAUGAUGAUCAGUCUGAGGAACGGACCAACGCUGCUAACAUGAUGGGCUCCAACAUUUCUACUGACGGACGUGCCGAGGACUGUUUCUCACAAGGUGGAGGAAAGUCGUCAAAGGGCAGCGGACGCUCCAACAGCCGCAAAGCCAAAUCCCCAGGACCAGGUCUGUCAGGGGGGGAGAGACCGUCUUCUGUCUCCUCAGUCCACUCUGAGGGCGACUGCAACAGACGAACUCCCCUCACCAACCGCGUGUGGGAGGACCGGCCUUCAUCCACAGGUUCAGCUCCAACUCCAUUCCCCUGCAACCCGCUGAUAAUGCGUUUCCCAAGCGGGACGGUAUCCGCUCCCUCCCCCUCCUCCGGCCAGCCGGGGGGCCAGGGCCCAGGGUCAGGACCUGGACAGGGCCGCUCCUGGGAGGAGGAGCCUAAGCCUCUGCUCAUGUCUCAGUACGAGACCCUGUCUGACAGCGAGUGACCCAUAAUGCCUCCGUACAACAGGCCCCCGCCAACAGUCAACCGCCUCUGUGCUGCUGCAGCCCCCCUAACCCUAACCCACACACACACACACACACACACACACACACACGCUGAGGCGCCUGCUAAUCUACCCACACCAUUCCACUCUGCAUUUCCUCCGUCAGGCCUCAAGAAUAGAUGGAGUCAUCUCCUCACACACCUGAGACAAAGCAGUGAUCAGCUGGAUCAAUGCUGCUCUCUCUGUGUGUGUCUGUGUGUGUCUGUGUGUGUCUGUGUGUGUUUGUGUGUGUUUGUGCCUUUAGGCGUCCUGCAUCACUCCAGGAUGACUCUAAAGGACAAAUCACUUAUUUUUCAUUUUUCUUUCUUUAAAAAACAACUGAACUACUUUUCCUCACUGGCCUUAUCAAUACAGACACACUAACCUGCACCUUGUGGUUGAGCCGAUCGAAUGUGCUGACACACAGUGUGGAAGGGACUCUGAGGUCGUGCUGUUGGUCUGGUCAGGAGCACGAUGACUGCUGUUCUAGAGACAGAUUUGCACCUCAGAUCUGACCUGAGAGCAGCAGCCCGCACAGCGAGUUUCUUAAUGGAGAACUCCAGGUGCAGGCGGCCUGUGCACUGCUACCACUAAGAGAAAAAGUGUGAGAAGACGAGAGGAAAAUCAACAUCUACUUUUUCUUAUUUUGGCUCUUUCUUUUCCCCCCUUUUUAAAUUCAGUCCAGUCCUGUUUUGGAAUGUGAGCUGAGAACUUAAGUACAUUUUAAUGGAGUCAUUCAUUGUCUCUUAUCUGCAAUGGUGUAUCUUUUAGGGGGGCGGGGGACUGUGAUUGCUUUGUGAGAGGGUCAUAUCAUUGGUUUACAAGGUAAACGGGCUGUUCAUCCCUGAUGUCGUCAUAUAUUUGGGAGGGUCCUGGAGAAUAGCGAAGGCCUGCUGACUUCAGGCACUUGGGGAGAGAUGAUUUGCCAGAGGGAUGGCACUAAGACCAGUGACACUUUCUCAUUGUUUUUAUAUUAACCAUGUCUGUGUUUGUUGAAACUGUUUUUUGGAUAUUAAGCACUUACCUGUCAGUCUGUUCACAAUGGCAUUUUUAAGAAUCUGUGUUUCCUGGGGCAGGUGGAAAAUGGGCUCAACAGCAUAGAAAUCCCACCUACCUGUUUAUUUUUGGUCUCAGCACCAACAUUAUUUAGCACUCACACACUCAAAGCGACAAUCACAUUUCAGUGAACGAGGAAUCAGCCGCUUCGAGCAGGUGCAGACCGACAUUAAAGCUGCUUAAAGUCAAAUCCUGCAGCAUCACACAGAGUUUUAUUUCGCAUUAAAAGAGGUAACAAAAAAAGCCAUCUUUGUAUGACCCCUUAGUCCAUGGGGCCGUCAGCUUCAGCCGACCCGCUGGAAUCCCGUCUCUGAGCUGUUGUGACAGUCUGACCUCUGACCUACUGCCUGGUGUUGGACCUGAGACUCAGCUCCUCAUCCAGGCAGAUUUUGUACAGUUGUGAGAUAUUCCUAGUGUUAAGUGCCAUUUAUUUUACAUAUACAGUACUGAAGUUACCAAGUGACGCACAAUUUUUCUUUUAGCCCCCCAUGCCAGGGUUUAUACGGUCCAUGCAGGGAAAUCUGAAAACAAAAAGCAAAAGAAACGUCCUUUUUUUUAAACAUGUAUUUUCUGUGUGUUGCUUCUUUCAAAUCCAUUAAGCCUUAGCUUUUAACUGUUUCAUUAGAUUUAUCAUCUGAACAUAACAAUGCUGCAUCACAGGACAGCCGACAUGGGCCUACAUCAAAUGUUUCCUCAGCUAUGACACCUUUGACAUACUUCAAGUGUACUUCAUUGCUCCUCCUGUGUUUGUACGGGUUCCAGGAAGUUGAGGGGAGAGGCUUUCAAAAGCAAUCUGGUUGUUUUUUUUGUAUCCCAGUUGACAUGUUUUCGCUUUUUACUCUUUUUUUUUUUUUUUUAAACAGUCACCACUUUCUGUAAAUGAUUGUUGCUGGAUUUGUGAUUUUGUGCAGUCAGGGGACACUGACUGCACACUGUACCGACGGCAGUCAGUUUAUUUGGUAUAUUAGACAAAAAUGUUUCUUUUUCACAACACGAACAUGAUGACUGUUAUAGGAAUACCUCCUCUCCUUCCUUCAUCCUACGUCCCUGCACAAAGCACAUCUCAGCCUUGUUUUAGCUCCUAUUAUUUUUUUUCUACCCAGACUGAUGGAGGGUUUGUCAUCCCAUCAGGCAAGGCAAAAAUACAGCCAGGCUUCAUUUACAUUGCUCUCUGUGUGUGUGUUUAUAAUUAUCGACUGAUGAAAUCAAAGAUUGUGACUAUAAACAGACUAAGCCAUAUCCAGCUGUCCCCUGAACUGAUGGCAGACCCAUAGGAGUUUUUAAAAAUAUAUAUACUGAGAUGAUAUACAUCCAUUUAGUUGUGUCAUUACGAAUCAAAAAAAUAAUCAAACGUUAAAAAAAAAAAAAAGUUGACAUUUGAUGAGAUCCCUGGACUGUCCAUGGGUGGGUGGGGGGAUUAACAUUAACAGUACAUGGUUCAACAAUUUUUGUGCAUAAUGAUUUUUUUUUAUUAUAACCCACUGUAUAAUAGCAAGGAUUGUAUAUAAAACUGAAGAGAUGUAAAUAUUUAUGUGGCUUGCUUCAAGGUUGGUAUUACAAAAAAGAAAAAAAAAAUUCACAUGGUUAAAUUCUACAUGCCCACCAGCAAGCUUUGUGGAUAGCAGUGUAAAAAUGAAAAACAAAAAAGACACUGCCUUAAUGUUUAAAUAAAAAGCUUAUUGCCAUU